AUGUGGCUACGAAUACUACUACAGGCUGUCAGGGACUACGCUGAUCUUAGUCUAAUGUAUGAGACUCCUGAUGACCAGGCAGAAUUCGCUUUUAUCUGUCUCUUCUUCAAGUCACCCCAGCUUGAUAUUGUCUCUUCCGUCGACCCCCUUCCUACCACUACUUCAUCCCCCAACACUUCUUGUGCAGUUAGUUGCCCUGCGGCGCCUACAUUUACCUCGUAUACUUCCUCAUUGUCGCGGAAGAAUUCCUUCAAUCAAGUCUCUUUUAUUCGACUUCAUCGCCUUCUCGACCUUGAGGCCUGUUUGCUUAAUGCAAUCGCCUUCCUUAAUCGUCUAGCCAUCCUUACCUCCAAGCUCUGCACCGGGUCUUUCCUAUCAAAUUCUUGUCCCUCGGCCGGAGUUCAUCAAUUCAAGAAUCUUUUUCAUGCUCGCCUGCUUCGGUCUGACUGGUUGCCUGAAGCUGAGCCAAACAGCACUGCUGCCUUGUUAAGUCGAGCUCGACGUCGAGCCCUUUUUACUAAUGCCCUGGCCCAGGUUUGCUUAGCCUUCGUUCAACGGCACAUCGGUCCUGAAGAUUUAGUAUUUGAUCUAUUUGGCUCUGUUCUGCCUGAACCACUCGGAUCUCAACAUGAGACUGAGCUCCAAGAUCAGGUUAGCUGGUUCCUUUUAUCCAAAACAGACUCUGAAUCAACUCGAUCAGUUGGUGAUGAUCUUCAAUUUGACUCUGACUCCACUCGGCUGAUUGACGUCCGUCGGUGUCUGGCCGAGGCUAUAUUCCGAGUACUUGGGGCCAACCCAAGUGCAACAUUUGACGUUAAUUGGCCCAAUCCAAUGGCAGCCCGGUUGCUGGCUGAACGGGCUCGCGGUCUUCUCGAGAAUAUCAUAACUGCGCCUGGUGAUUCUGCCUCUUGGAUUGAAGCCUGCCUCUGGGCGGCGGGUAGCUCCUCUUACUUGAAUGACGGGCAGAUUCAUCAGCGUCCGCUCUUCUAUGCAGUGGCUGGUAUCGAGACCAUAACACCCAAACGAUUGACCGAGGUUGAAGAUUUUCGUCUUCGAUUGGCCCGCUAUGCUCUGACCUGUGCCGAUCACACAGUCCAUUGUCCCACCGAAUUAUCUAUCUUCGUUCUCCCGCGCCUCGCCCAAUUAGUCUGUACUGCCGAACUCUGGCUUGAUCAGGCGCUGGAGUCAAGCUGUCAGCAACAGCAGCAGCAGAAAACGCACAUCUCCUCACCCUUCCUUUCAAUUUACCCUCCAUUCGCGGUCAUGCCAGAAGAGCCGACGUAUACGAUCUCCAGUCCAGAACGCCUUCUUUGGCACACCUUUCUGCACUCUGCUGCUGGACUGCCAGAGCCUUCCGGGCCUUUAUACGGCGUCGACAUGGCCCGCCUUUGGGCUCUUGCAACCGUAGAGCUUUCGAGCAAGGAUCUGGCUCUUUCCUUAGCUUACGCAGCAGGGCCACCUACGAUUAUGGCUUGGCGUCGAGGUCGAGGUCGACCGUCGCCAAGUGAGAAAAGAUUCGAUGCUGACAGGUUUGUGAGUGAAGAUAGUAAGGCUAGUGCUCAAGUGAUUUACUGGCCGGCGGUGUUGGCCAGUGUAAUUUGGGCCCAACAAGAGAAUAUGAGGGAAUCACCUGAUCAGCCCUCACAGCUCGAAUCUUCACUGCACAGCUGGCGGCUGCUGGCCAUGUCUGCAGCUUUUGAAUCAGAGAUGUCGCCACAUCAAAAGAACCUAGGAUAUUCAGACGCCAACCAAGGUCCGAUGCCAUCUCAAAAUUUUGAUUAUAUCAUGGCCGGGCUGCAAAAUCCUCUGUUUGAUGAAGCAUGUCGUAGUUGGUUGACCAGUUGGAUCCAGGAUGCCAUCGGGUAUAGAAUUAUUGAGAAUAUUAAAGCCCUAGAACCUGGACUCCCGCUGGACGCUUUCAUCUCUGAUAGUAAAGAUGACCUUGUGCGUCGUACUGCUAUCUUCCGCAUCUCUCAGCGUCAUCUACGCUUUGGGUUAAUUCUGGCCCGACGCUAUCAGAUACCUCCCGAGAAAGUUAUCUACGCUCGUCUUGAGGCUCUUCUGGAUGAUCACUCUUGCCCAGAGCUUCACAAAGAGACUUCCGGUCAUGAUGAGCCUGAACAACUGGAAGUCCAAGUAGAUCGCUUGAUUGAGCUUUACUUAACAAUGCCGGGCGCCGGACUGUCUGGCCUCAUUGCUUCCAUCGCUGAUAGUUUAUAUCCACAUCUCCCACCUGAACGGCUGCUAUUGUUGCUGCGUUCUAUACUACAGACUAUCAACAAGCCGGUUCAAAUCUCGCAGCUUGAUUCUGAAACCGGCUUGUUCCUGCUGCAUGGCCUCCCAUUGUCCUCCCACAUCUCCUUACUGUCGCUUUUGUCGCCCUCCUUAUCCACCUUCUCUAGCUUUGAUUAUGCCGGUUUCCUCCGCUGUGCCAUGCUCCCGGCAGGCACUAAUUCAUCUCCUGAUCAACAGCAGCGUCAGCUAAACCGGACUCGUCUACUUCGACAAAUUUGGCCUCAACUGAACUCGACAUUGGCGGCUCGUAUCCUGAUUAAACUGAUGGAGACACUUUCUGCUGAAGUGGAGCUCUGCUCUUCUUCUAUCUCGGCACUGCGACCGUCCACUGAAGCUAGUUUCCAGAGCUUUAAACAGGACUCAGAUUCACUAACAUCUCUUCCAGUAUGCGUGACGUUCCGGUCUAGCGAGGUCUUCUCUCUCCUAGCCAUUCGGUGGGUCAUAAAGACGACUAAGUCAGCUACUGAAAUACCGGAUCCUGUUAACUCGACAUCUGAGAUAAAUGACCAUAUCGACCUAUCGGUUGACCUUCCACCUCCUUGGAAUCAGUUGCUCCAUGAUUGUGUGGAUGUUUUUCCUGGUAUUUGUGAGCUAAAUUUGGAUGAAAAUAAAAGCAAUUCGCAGCUCGGCAGACCUGGCCUUUUGAGCUCCUGGGUAUUUUCUAUCCUUUUCACGAGACUAGCACUUCGUUUGCCCAUUCAUUUUCGACUUGCUUUGUUGCAAGAGGCGUCUAGAUUCGCAAACAGGCUUGCUGACUUGCUUGGAUCCCAUGUCCCAAAAGGAGAUUAG